AUGGUUCAGUCACUCUUUACAUUUCUUUUUUUUCUCAUCUGCGUCAAUUCUGCACUAAUUCCAAUUCCAAUUCCAAUCCCUUCUCUAAUUCCAGCACCACUACUACUACCACUACUCAUUCGCUCCAGCCCCAGCUCCGUAGCAGCAGCACCAGCACUCCCAUCAUGUGCAAUUCCAUGUAUUGAAGCGGCUAUCACUUCCGAAACCAAUUGUACACUCACGGAUUUAGUCUGUCAGUGUGAUCCGGAUAAUGUGGAUCUGAUUCAGGGAGAGGCUACGAGUUGUAUUUUGAGUGGGUGUGGGAUUACGGAGGCGUUGCAGGUUCUCGAUGACGCCACAGCGGAAUGUUCAUCGGUUCUCGCCAAUGCAGCCAGCGGGUCCACGACAUCUUCAUCAACAUCAACAGUGGUAUCGAUAAUCCCAUCAGCAGCUCCCUCAUCAAUACCAGACACUUCUCCAAAUUCCACUUUCGUUAUCCCAGCUUGUGCAGUAGGUUGUAUUCAAAACGCCAUUGGACUGACCUCCUGUGCAUCGACCGAUCUUCCUUGUCAAUGUACUUCGCAGAAUGCUGGUAUUAUUCAAGAUGCUACUGCCAAUUGUGUUAUUACGAGUUGUGGGGUUGAUGGAGGUUUGAUUGCUGUUGAUAUCGAAAGACAACAAACAGAUAACUGCACUGCACUUUUAAUCCCAGCCGGUUCAGGCUCUACUUUACCUUCAUCUUCUGUUACUGGUUCCGUAACGGCUAAUGGACCUACGCAGAUAAGUCUUACGGGUAAUCCAUCGGGUAUACCAGUAUCUACAGCUACAGCUACAUCAACAGCUAUACCCGCAUGCGGAGCUCCAAUUCCUGAUUCUUCAGCACUACCUACAGGUUCAAGUUCAAGUUCAAGUUCAGCGGAUCCAGCUGAUCCGGGAGAUGCGUCGUCUUCAACAAAUCCAGGUGGGAGUUUUCCUACGGGGUAUGGUGGUUAUGGGGAUGACCCUCCAUAUUAUGGAUAUCCGUCGGGGUCGGGGUCGAAUCCGAUUGAUCCCCCUGCAGCUGUGACGAGCUCGGGUGCUGGGGAUCAAGUGGCGGCUGUGACUAGUGCGCCUGUUGACCCGGGUAGUGCUGAUCCUUCUGGAACUGGAAGUUUUGGGACGUUAACGUUAACGACGCUGGUGAUUCCGAGCUCUGGUUUAUCUGGAGUUGGCUCUAGCAUCCCCGCUGAUCCAACCGAUCCAGGAUUACUAACCCAAACCAACAUCGACGCAGGUCCCUCUGCAGCAGCUUCCAGCACGUAUCCUGGAGAUCCAUCAGGUGCUUCGAUUACUCCUUCAGGAGGUACAGAUGGUGAUCCCGCCGGUCCAAGUUAUGGAUAUGGAUAUGGUGGAUAUUAUUCUUCGGGUACACCUACAGGUCCACCUACGGGUACACCUACUGGGAAUGAUCCAAGUAUUUUGUCGUCAGGUGUAAUUUCGGUUUCUUCGUCGGUUACUGGACCGGCUUCUUCGAGUUUUUUGGUUGGGUCUUCUAGUACUUCUAGUACGAUUAGUGCGUCGGGAGGGGUGGCGCCUUUGCCGAGUACUACUGGGGGAGAUCCUUCUUCGCCGAGUAUAACUGGAGGAGACCCUUUGCCGAGUGUUACUGGAGGAGGUCCAUCUUUGCCAAGUAUUACUGGAGGAGACCCUUCUUCGCCAACGACCCUUGGGGGCGAUCCGUCUUCGCCAAGUAUUACUGGAGGUGACUCUUCCUUGCCAACGAGCCUUGGAGGGGACCCUUCGCCAAGUAUAACUGGAGGAGACCCCCCUUCACCAUCUAUAUCUGGAAGUGACCCUUCGCCAAGUACGCCAAUUACAACUGGGGGUGACCCUUCUUUGCCAAGUAUAACUGGAGGUGACCCUUCCUCACCAACCACAAUUGGAGGAGAUUCCCCUUCACCAUCUGCAUCUGGAGGUGACCCUUCUUCACCAAGUACAACUGGAGAUGACCCUCCCUCACCAUCUACAUCUGGAGGUGACCCCGCUUCGCCAAGUAUAACUGGAGGUGACCCUUCUUCACCAACCACAAUUGGAGGAGAUCCCCCUUCACCAUCUGCAUCUGGAGGUGACCCUCCCUCACCAUCUACAUCCAGUGACCCGUCUUCUUCACCAACAACCUCCGGCAGCUCAAACAAUCCAUCCGAAACUCCAUCAGGAACCGACCCCUCUUCACCCUCCAGUACAAGCAGUACAAGUAAUACAAGUAAUUCCCCACUCCCGCCCCCACCGCCUCCCCCAGGAUACUACGGCUAUGGCUAUGGACCCCCACCAGCCGCGUCCUCAUCCACACCACCUUCUCCACCCUCUACUGCUCCUCUCCAACUCCCAUCCUCCUCCUCCUCAUCCACCUCCCCCCCCUUCCACCUCACCCUCCUCCCCACCCACUACACCCUCCUAACCUACAUCUUACGCGUAUACUUCGGGCUCUCCCCACCUUCCCCCUACCUAUCUUCUUCUGGGCACACUGUUCAUGAUCGCUCCUCCGCUUGUGUCUUUGUUAUUUCUGAGCCUGGGGGGUUAUUAUCUUGUUCUUCUUCUUCUUCUUCUUCUUCGUCCCCACAAAGCCAAAUAUCGACAUCGAAAUCGACAUCAACAUCAACCUACUUCGGAGCUCUACUAGCCCCCGCCCUCUCACGCGGCUACACCCCUUUCUCGAGCGAAAACUUGUUUGAAAAUAUGGGGAGUAUGGAUUUAAAUGGGAGUGUUGUUAUUGAUAGUACGAGUCAGUAUCCGUAUGGGAGUUUGUUGAAUUUGGUUAAUGGGGAGUUUAUUGGUAGUGGCAACCAAGCACGUUUCUGUAUCGAAAGUCAAACUCAAACCCAAACCAAAACCGAGAACGAUGUAUUUCCCGAAGGCGCACUCGUGCGCGCUUAUAUUAAUGGAAGUCAGGUAUUACCUGUGGAUUGUAAGGAGGUUAAAUUGGUUAUUGAGUGGAUUAAUGAGGAUGGGGAUGGGGAUUCGCCGGGUUAUGGAGGUGGGUAUGGGUAUGGGAGAAAGAAGAUCGGAAAAUAA